UUAACAAUCAAUCACAGAUGUAAUCUCAAACACAAUUGAACAGGCCGUUUAGAAAGUAUCAAAAAUCCCAAACAGUUUCUGUCCUGUGUUUAUAUGUUCUAUAUAAGUUUUCGGUUCAAAGCAAAAUUCCAUCAGAAACAAUAAAAAAUCAUGGACAAUGACUUGGAGUUCAUAAUUAAUGCCUUAUCCAUACCAAAUUCACCUCUUACUAACGGCUAUAGUCAUGAUCAGCUUAUAGAGAUACGCAGUUCAUUUAUCACAUUGCAAAAUAUAUUGCGGGAUAAUCCCACGGCCCUGGAGCAUAUAGAGAAGUUAAUAUCACCAUUAGUUAUGCCAACAACUGCAUCUGCAGCAUCGCAGACCUCGGUCUUGUCUCGGGCCAAGGCUGGUGGGGAUAUUCCCCUCUUGGGAGGAAAGAGCGAUUCGGUUCUAUGUGGAAUUCAUAACAAAUUGAAAUUGCCAAAUCUGCUAACGUCGCGAUCAACUGAAACUAUUGAUCGUGAGACUAGCACCACUUUGAGUAACAUCUUCCAUUAUAGCAACACUUGUUCCAACUGGAGCAUGGACUAUGGGGCAUUCAGUCAAAACGAGGAAGACAGUUUCGGUAAGGCAGAUGUUACCUGUGGGGACCCUGGCACAGAAUUGGUUCGCUAUAAGCCGCCAAUGAACGAUAAUGACGAUUGCUUGGAUAGAACUGAUUCGAGUACAACUAUGGUUGCUUCAAUUGCUCCUUCUUCGGCCAUUUCAAUAAGUAUUCCCAUCAGUCUGAUGUGGAGCAAUGAUGGUUAUGAUCCACAGAGUACGGACAGUGAGACCACUUUGAAGGCUGAUGGUCUUAGAUUCAUAGCGAGAAAUUAACAUUUGCCUCAAAAUUACCAAUAAGUUUUACGUACGGUUGAAAAUUUAAAGAAAUAUCUGAGAAAAUUCUAGUCUUAAAUUUUUUGAAUUAAACAUUUAAUUAAUAUAAAGAGUUCUGAAAAUAUAUCCCAAGAUAUUUUGCCCAACA